UUGACGGUUUGCGAUACUAAAGAUUUUUCUGCUUUUAUAUAUUUGCUGUUUAGCCGUCCUACGAGACGCUAAAAAUGCAUCUUAUAUCGACGUUUGUGAUUUUUUUUUUAAUUCUGAGUUUUCAUCUUGGAAACUGCAACCCGUUUCUAAGGAAAGUUCUUGAUAUGUUCCACGGUGGCAAACAAAAAUUUCAGGCAAACGACGAGGCAAGGAAAAGCGUUGAUAUUCUGGAUGUAAAUGAAUUUAAACACCACGAUUACGAGGAAUUGACCUGGUUUUUAAAGUACUUUGCUAAAAAGUACCCAGACAUUACAAGAUUGUAUUCUAUUGGAUACAGCGUGCAGAACCGUAAGCUAUGGGUGAUGGAGAUAUCAGACAAUCCCGGAAAACACGAAGCUGGCGAAGCGGAAGUAAAAUAUAUCGGAAACAUUCACGGUAAUGAAGCCUUGGGCCGAGAACUUUUAUUACAGCUGAUAAAAUACUUUUGCGAAAACUAUGAAAAUGACCCAGAAAUCAAGAAUCUUGUGCAGCAGACAAGAAUACACAUUUUGCCGAGCAUGAACCCGGAUGGUUACGAAUUGGCAGCUGUUCGUGGUAAGGGGAACAAACUGGUUGGAAAGAGAAACGCUUUGCGAGUCGAUUUAAAUCGUAAUUUUCCGGACCAAUUUUUCCCCAGUACUACUGGUCCACCACAGCCCGAGGUCAGGGCUGUAAUGGACUGGAUUAAGGAGUACCCGUUUGUAUUAUCGGCCAGUCUGCAUAGCGGAGCUUUAGUUGCGCUCUAUCCUUAUGACGAUUCACCAUCAGGACAGAGUCAGUACAGCGCUACACCGGAUGACGAUGUUUUCAGACGUUUAGCAAAGACAUAUUCACAGGCGCAUCCCGUGAUGCAUCUGGCAAAUCCUAAAUGGAACUGUACGGAUCAAAAGGAAGAACAUUUCAUAGACGGCAUCACGAAUGGUGCCAGCUGGUCGAGUUUGUCAGGAGGCAUGCAGGAUUACAACUACGUUCACUCGAACUGCUUUGAAAUAACACUGGAGCUUGGCUGCGAUCGAUUUCCUAAAGGUACUGAGCUGGAAAAGUACUGGCAUGAUAACAAGAAGGCUUUGGUGGAGUUGACUCAGCAGGUGCAUUAUGGCGUGAGUGGAUUUGUCAAGAACAUACAAGGAGAGCCUCUCUCUGAUGCAACCAUUAGCGUUGCAGAUCGUCGUCAUGACGUCACUUCAUCAAAGGAUGGAGACUUUUGGCGCUUACUCGUACCAGGUUCAUACGAAAUCACAGCCACGGCACAAGGUUACCAGCCACAAACCCAGCUUGUGGAGCUUCGGGCGUUUGAAGGGAAAGUUGUAAAUUUUACUCUAAAGCCGACUCAAGAAGACGGGAUGAAGAUAUCACUUGAAGGAAGCGAAGACGAAUUAUUAGACCGAGUCAUGGCAGGAACCUUUGUCACGGACGAAGGAGUGGAUCCGAGGGAGCAUAUCAUCAAGCUGACCAAUCAGAAUGACAGAGAGGAACAGCCGUUUCAUAAACACGUAUUACAUCCAGGGCUUAACGACAGAUCAAGGUUGUCUCUUGAGAAUGCGCUUCUUAGCUAUGAAACUGCUCGUGGAAGUGGAUCUGUUGAAGAAAGCAAACCCGACGAUAUCUCUGGUGAAGGAGGAGGGAGUGGUGACGUAAAAUCCAAGCAGGAACCAGACAGACGGGUGUCUCAUCCAAAACUGGUUAAACCAGACAAACCUGUCACUAUCUCAAGACCGGUAAAGCCGGCUAAGCGUGUCACUAUUCAGAAACCGGCUAAAACCAUCAGCAACAAGACAGCCCCCAAAGUUAUUACAAAGCCCCAAGCUCCUAAACCGAAAAUCAAUGUGAUACAAAAGAAACCAGCGCUUGCAGCAGGGAAGAAAACUAUACCCUCUAAAUCACCUGCCACAGACAAGCGCUUCUUGAAGUUGAUUGGCUCAAACGUGGCGUGUCGUCUGGUUGGAAAGAAGGGAUUAAAGAAUGGAAACUUGAGGUGGGUGGGGCACUUACCCCACUUGCCAUUAGACGACUCCCAUCUCAUCGCUGGUGUGGAAUUAUCCACCGAUGAUAAACUGGGAACUGACGGCACAUAUCGUGGUGUAAAAUACUUUACAAGUGCUCCGAAACGAGGUUACUUCUUCCGACUGAGGGACUGUAAGGCUUUAAAACAUUGAAAAUUUAUUUCCCCUGAACUGAUUCGAAAUUAUCCGUCAUAAGCUGCACUGCAUUCAUUGUAUGCUAGUUUCGAGAAUCUGGUGUUAUAUGAGGAUGACGUAUAACAACCAUUCUGCUCCUCAGAGAGCAUCACUAAAAACCGCUUUGGCUCUCCCUUACAAUAUUAUUUUCAUCAUAGUGCGAUAUCAUUAUCAUUUGUUAAAUUAUCAUUAUUAUUAUUAGCUGAUGCCUUUUUGUAUUGUCAUCAACUUUUUUUCUGUACAAAGUUUUGAUAUUAAUCGAAACAAGAAGUUAUAAAACAAAAAAUAUAUAGCCACUUAAGAG